AUGGAGCUCAAAGUAUGGGUGGAUGGAGUCCAGAGAAUUGUGUGUGGGGUCACCGAAGUCACAACAUGCCAGGAAGUUGUAAUAGCCCUUGCUCAGGCUAUUGGGCGAACGGGCCGGUACACGCUGAUCGAGAAAUGGCGGGACACGGAGAGGCACCUGGCCCCGCACGAAAACCCCAUCGUCUCCCUCAACAAGUGGGGCCAGUACGCCAGCGACGUGCAGCUGAUCCUGCGCCGCACCGGGCCCUCCCUGAGCGAGCGGCCGACCUCGGACAGCGUGGCUCGCAUCCCGGAGAGGACUCUGUACCGGCAAAGCCUGCCGCCCCUGGCCAAGCUGAGGCCUCCCGGCGACAAGGCCAUGAAGAGGAGGGAGCCGAAAAGGAAGUCCCUCACCUUCACCGGCGGGGCCAAAGGGCUAAUGGACAUCUUCGGGAAAAGCAAAGAAUCCGAGUUCAAGCAGAAGGUGCUCAACAACUGUAAAACGACCGCCGACGAGCUGAAGAAACUGAUCCACCUCCAGACAGAGAAGCUUCAGUGCAUCGAGAAGCAGCUGGAGUCCAACGAAGCCGAGAUCCGCUACUGGGAACAGAAGUACAACUCCAGCCUGGAAGAAGAAAUCCUCAAGCUAGAGCAGAAGAUCAAAAGGAACGAAGUGGAGAUCGAAGAGGAAGAGUUCUGGGAAAACGAGCUGCAGAUCGAACAGGAGAACGAAAAACAGCUGAAGGAGCAGCUGCAGGAGAUGAGGCAGAGGAUCCUGGAGUGCGAGAGCAAGCUGAAGGACUACGUGUCUCAGAUCCACAACAUGGAAAGUGGCCUUGAAGCAGAGAAGUUGCAGCGGGAAGUUCAAGAGUCCCAGGUGAAUGAAGAAGAGGUCAAGGAAAAGAUCGAGAAGGUGAAGGGCGAAAUUGAUAUUCAGGGCCAGCAGAGUCUGAGAUUGGAAAAUGGCAUUAAAGCUGUAGAAAGGUCUUUGGGCCAAGCUACCAAACGGUUACAGGACAGGGAACAAGAACUGGAGCAACUGACAAAGGAGCUGCGACAGGUCAAUCUCCAACAGUUCAUCCAGCAAACGGGAACGAAGGUGACGGUGCUGCCGGCAGACCCCGUUGAGGUGGAGGCCCCGCAUGUAGAGCUUGAGAGAGAGCCAACAUUUCAGUCUGGGUCACUGAAGCGCCCUGGCUCGUCGAGGCAACUCCCCAGCAACCUUCGGAUUCUACAGAAUCCCCUGUCAUCUGGUUUUAACCCAGAGGGCAUUUAUGUAUGACAGUACAUACCUCUUCUGGAGAGGACGUAGCAAGGUACCCCGGACAAGAUACACUUUUGUUUUAUUCUGCCAAUGAUGAAUGGAAGAAGAAUUUAUUUUUUUUUUGUUAAGCCACCAUAUUUUUUUUUCUUCUUCCCCCAACACACCACUUGGAGCCAUACCCUGUGCACUGAUGCUAAAGAGACAGAGGAACUGUCUGGAUUCGUAAUUGGCAAGGAUGAACUUGCUGUUAACGCAGCUAGAGUGCAAAAACCUUCAUUUGUUUUUGCCACUUCAGAAGUGUUUUGGAAAGUAUUGUUCCUUGUAUAGGCAUAAAUAAAAGACUGAGGGUGAAGGAAACCAUGUAUGCAACUGAUCUGAGGUUUAAUUUAUUCCCUUUAAUCAAUGGACGUGUGAAUGUUGACCUUUUAUAUUUUUAUUUUUAACUUGUGGAUAAUCACGUUUGGCUGUAUGUCAGUCUGACAAGGUGAUGUUAAUUUGUGUGUACAAACAUCCACCAUUUGAUCAAGUACAACAACUUGCAGAGUUCUGUGGAGUGCUGAACCAUUACAAUGGUUUCUCACCGCUGACUUUGUUAAUUUCUGUUGUGGGUCAUAAUAUGUCAUGUUCCAUCCAUUGCUACCUUUUAAGGCUUGAAAAGUGAGCUUCUGGGAUUUACUUGCUGUUGAAUCUGCCUUGAAUGAAGCACCUAGUGUUCAAAAGAUUUAUGGGAUUUAAACCUUGGCUUGGUAAAAAUAUUUCCAGCAUAUGAUUGAGGAUGCACUAGUUAGAUGAUAUUUUAUUAUAUAGAAUGUAUAUUUGAAAUAUUUUGCCACAUUGUAUAUGCCUUUUGAGAAAAGAACAAUGUAAGAAGUUGUCUUCAUGUAUCUUACCAAAAGAGAGUUGGAGGCUUUCA